UACUUCCGGGUGAGGAACGUGAAGUAGCGUCACGUGGAAGAGUUUUGAAAGUGGCCAAAGUGAAAGAGCCUGCAAGGCUAGGAAGUUUGAGUUUUCUCCUCUCUUUAGGCUGGUUGUCCGCGUGGCUUUGAUGUUAGCCAGUAAACACGCACGAGCUGCGCGUGAGGGGCGGUGCUAGAAACUGUCCGGAUGUUUAUUUAGUUCUAUGUUUGGUUCACUUCAUUCGCAGAGGGAUUCCGAUCAAGAGGUGGUUUUUGUGUCUGAAAGGUCUGCGAGGCGACGUAGUCAGGACAUCACGAUUGACCAGGUGAGGAGAUUGGACCUUCAGAGAGAUAUCGACCUGCAGUCUCAGCCCGAGCAUCCAGACAGACUUCUGAGAAAGGUCACGUCUUCUCCUGCUGUGAAGCCAAAGGCGUCAAAAAUGGAAGAGAACAAUGUAGAGAGUAAGAAAAGACGCAAGAAAGGACAAAAAUAUUCGGAAGAAACCAAAAGCUUCACUUCUGAAGACUCAAACCACACGGGUGAGGAAGAAAAGAAGAAAAGGAAAGCUGGAAAGAAAGAGACAGAGGAGGGAAGCAGUGAGAGGAGAAUGAAGAAGAGGAAGAAUACUGACAAAGAUGUCGAGGAGGACAAGAAAGUCUUCAAAGAGGAGAGAAAAGAGAUGAUGAUUGAAGAGGAAACUGCAGAGACUUUAUUAAAAAAAGAGAAAAAAAAGAAACAGAAAAGAGAGACUUUUCCAAAUGAAGAGGAAGAAAAAGAAGAUAAAGACACGCUAAAGAAAGCAAAACAAAGAAAAAAGCACAUCUUAUCUGGAGAGACGGAGCAAACUCAGGGGGGCGCUACAGAGAAAAAGAAACAAAAGAAGGUGAAGAACAAGACUUUUCAACUGAAGCCAGAAGAUGUGAAAGAAGAAAAGGAGGAAGAGGCUAAAACUAGAAAGAAAAACACGACAAAAUCCGUCAAGAAACGAAAACACUGUCCCUCUGAGGAUGUUGUGAUAGAGGAGACGGAGGAGGAAAAACCAACCACGAAAAAGAAAAGGAAAGCUAGAACAGAGGAUGGAGAGGCUCAGACCAAUGAGAUGAAGAAAAAAAAGAGAAAAGACAAGAAGAAAAAUGGGUCUGAAGCAGCGGAAAUGGAAGAAAAGGCAGAGCAGGAAAGUGACCGACUUUGCAAGAAGAAAAAGGACAAACUGGCAGAGACGGGAAACGGGGAGACGGAGUGCAGGGAGAGGAGGAAAAAAGAAAAGAACAGAACAGCUCUUGUGGAAUAUCCAGGAGAGCUGAAAAAGAAGAAGAAGAAGAAAAGAGCAAAAAUCAGUGCUGGGGGGGACUAUGAAAAUGCCGAGGAAUCCAGGAUGGAAGCAGCUGACGUCGACGGCAGGAAAAGCACCAAGAAGGACACGGACACAUCAGUGAGGAUCAAAGGGGAGUGGGCAGAGCCUAAGGACGUGGUUUUCCUGUCGGAGAAGAGCGGGAACACGGAUGAGAUCGACAUUAACCAGGAAAGAAGGCGAGCCUUGCAGAUGGAGGUUGAAAAGGCGUCCCAACCCACGGAGCUGGGACAGUGGAGCACUGCACACUUUGACAACUCCCAGCAGCAACAGAAGUUCCUGCGGCUCAUGGGCGGCCUCAAAAAGGGUGUCAAGACUUUUGGAGCUAGUUCUGGAUCGGCCAACAUGGCGAUGGGGCAGAAAGAGCAGAGCCAGCUGCAGCAAGGCCUGAUGGGAGAGUUUGAACGGGCCCAGCUGCGUAGGAUGGACUUUAACAAAAGGGGAGUGGGACUUGGCUUCACACCGGCUUCCAAUAAAAAGUUCUCCAUUGACAUCAGUGCACGCCGAUCAGUCCGCUUCGAUGACUGAUCGGAUCAGACCUCGUGAUUUACCCGAAGUUUGCUCAUCCUCAGCACGGGGUUGAGGGGGACACUUCUCUUUGAGCUGUUGUUUUAAUAAAGUUUUACCAAUUACCCCAAAAAA